AUGGCGUGCCCCGUUGCGGAGCCCGUAGUGCGCCUCGUGAGCGCUUCCCUGCCGCAGCCCGUCGCCCACGCGCUACCCGCUGCUGCUGCCCGUCGCCGACGCGCUACCCGCUGCGGCAUCCUGUCGCCCGCGCACUACCCGCAACUGCAUCCCGCCGUCCGCGCGAUAUCCGCUGCUGCAGCCCGUCGCCCGUCCCGUUACCCUGCCGCCCGUCGCCAGAUCCCCGCCACCCCAGGAAGGGGAGGAGGUGGGGUGUUGGCCCGUGGGGGGACGGCUGGGGGAGGGGGAGUGGCGGGGUUGGCGGCUCAUGUAAGGGGGAGUGGAACUGCACCCCCAUCCGAUGCUACCACACCUCCUCCUCGCUCUCUCUGCCGCUACUACUGCUGUGGGAGGGAGGUUCAGGGGGUGUGGGUGGUGAGAGUUCAACUGCAGCAUCAUCCGCCUCCUCCUCUCAUCCCCUGCCGCCCGUGCCUUGCUGUCCACACUCUCACCCGUGCUGUCCCUACCCGGUUGUGCCCCACCCGUUUCACCCGUGCGUCCCUUGCUUCCCGUGCUGCCCCCGUGUUCCCGUGCUGCCCCCGUGUUCCCGUGCUGCCCCCGUGUUCCCGUGCUGCCCCCAUGCUCCCGUGCUGCCCCGCUCUCCCCGUGCUGCCCCGUUCUGCCUGUGUCGUGCCCGUUCCCGUGCCGUGUUGCCCCGUUCAGCCCUUGUCCUGCCCCGUUCUGCCUGUGCUGCCCCGUUGUCCCCGUGUUGUGCCCGUUCUGCCCGUGUUACCCCUUUCAGCCCGUGUCCUGCCCCGUUCAGCCCGUGUCCUGCCCCAUUCUGCCCGUGCUGCCCCGUUCUGGCCGUUUGUGCCUUACCCGUGCUGUCCGUACCCGUUUGUGCCCCACCCGGUCUGUGCUGCCUGGUCUCGUGCUGCCCGUCACCCCCGUGCGGCCCGUCCUGUACAGCACCUAGCUGCUACCCGAACCCGCUACCCGUACCCGUGCUCCUCGCACACCGUGCACCUGCUGCGGGGCGUUCAACUGCAGCCGGGCACCUGUUCCACCGCGGUGGUUCAGAUGCUGCUUGGUGGUUGCUGCUUGUCAGCUUCAGAGGGGGCCCCUUGCUGGUGUUCCCACGCCCUGUAA